AUGGAGCUGGUGCCGUACAAGCUCGUUGGGACCCAGGCCGGAAGGUGUGCUAUCCAGAUCGAGACCGAGGAAGGCGGCGCCGAGGUUUUCUCCGCCCACACAGUCGCCGGCAUUCUCAUAUCCAAGCUUAAGCGGAUGGCGGAGGCGCACCUGGGCCGCAAGAUCAGGAGCGCUCUCCUGACCGUCCCCUGGCACUCGAGGGACUACCAAAGGCACCUUCUCGCAACGGCCGCCCGGCUCGAGGGCGGCUUCUCCGCCGCGAGGUACGUCGACGAGCACGUUGCAGUGGCCGCGGCGCACGGCCAUCACGAGAAGGCGCGCCAAGACAAGGUCAUCCUCGUCUUCCACAUGGGCGGCCGCACGACCCACGCCACCAUGUUCAAGUUUCGGGACGGCACGGCUCGUCUCAUUGAAGGGCGCCAUGAUGCCCGCCUGGGCGGCGACGACUUCACCGGCCGGCUCGUGGACCACUUCAUCCAGCUUAUCAGGGAGAAGCACGGCCGGGACCUCCGCCGGGACGACGGCGCGCUCCGGGAGCUGAGGGCGGCGUGCGAGAGGGCCAAGAAGGCGCUAACCUACUGGGACACCACGCUUGUGAAGGUGGAGUCGCUCUUGGACGGCGCGGAUUUCUUCGAGACGCUCACGAGGGCCGAGUUCGAGGAGCUCAACCGUGAUCUGCUGGCGAGAGCCACUAGCAUGGUGGACCUGCUGGUGACGUGGAGGUGGUGGCUCCCUCCCGGCCGGUGGGACAGCAUAGACGAGAUCAUCCUCGUCGGCGGCAGCGUGAGGAUCCCCAAGAUUCUUGAGUUUUUCAGGGACUAUUUCCAUGGUCGGGAGCCAAUUGUGGAGGAGGAAGCGGCGAUUCGCGGCGCUGCUCUGCUCUCCCGCCCCGAGUCUGCAAUGUUCACAUACGACAACUGCGAUUGCCAUGGAAAUCCUUUGCAGGCGUCUGAAAACAUAAUUGAAUAG